CGUGGGUGCUCCGACCUCUUUCCGGGGCGCUCUGGAGUGCCGGGACCCAUUCCUGGGCCCGCCCCGGGGCUGCGCGGGCUGGGGCGGGGGACGCUCCUGCGGGCCGGGCUCAGGAUCCCGCGCCGGACCAUCGGGAGCCUCGAAGGCGGCAGCAGCCCAACGGCCAGUGGGUGCGCGAGCGGGGCCCCGGGCGCGGCUGCCCUCGGGGCGUGCAGAGGGCCGGAAGGGGGCUCUGGAUUUCAGUCCCACCCCCUUUCCCUCUGGGUCCGGGAACCCCCGGGCGCUCAGACCCUCCUCCUUCCAGGUAGGGACCGGGAGCCGAGCGUGCGCCUCUCCUCCCAGGAGCUCGCUCCACCAUGGGCAACGCCUCCAAUGCCUCGCGGCCGGAUGAGGACUGCGAGAGCCGACAGUGGCUCCCCUCGGGCGAGAGCCCGGCCAUCAGCGCCGUGAUGUUCUCGGCUGGGGUGCUGGGGAACUUGGUGGCGCUGGCGCUGCUGGCCCGCCGCUGGCGAGGAGAGCCGGGGCGCAGCGCCAGCGGCCGGAGCCCCAUCUCCUUGUUCCACGUGCUGGUGACCGAGCUGGUGCUCACCGAUCUCCUGGGGACCUGCCUCAUCAGCCCCGUGGUGCUGGCUUCGUACGCGCGGAACCAGACGCUGGUGGCCUUGGCGCCCGAGAGCCGCGCGUGCACCUACUUCGCCUUCGCCAUGACCUUCUUCAGCCUGGCCACGAUGCUCAUGCUCUUCGCCAUGGCUUUGGAGCGCUACCUCGCCAUCGGGCACCCCUACUUCUACCAGCGCCGCUUCUCGCGCCGCGGGGGCCUGGCCGUGCUGCCCGCCAUCUACGCCGCCUCGCUGCUCUUCUGCUCCCUGCCGCUGCUGCGCUACGGCGAGUACGUCCAGUACUGCCCCGGGACCUGGUGCUUCGUCCGGCACGGGCGCACCGCCUACCUGCAGCUCUACGCCACCGUGCUGCUGCUGCUCAUCGUGGCGGUGCUCGCCUGCAACCUCAGCGUCAUCCUCAACCUCGUCCGCAUGCACCGCCGCGGCAAGAGGAGCCGCCUCGGGCCCUCGGGGGGUAGCGCGCGGGGCGGCCCCGGGCCCCGCCGGCGCGGGGACCGGACAUCCAUGGCGGAGGAGGCGGACCACCUCAUUCUCCUGGCCAUUAUGACCAUCACCUUCGCCGUCUGCUCCUUGCCUUUCACAAUUUUUGCAUAUAUGAAUGAAACCUCUUCCCGAAAGGAAAAGUGGGACCUCCAAGCUCUUAGAUUUCUAUCCAUUAAUUCCAUAAUUGACCCUUGGGUCUUUGCCAUCCUCAGGCCUCCGGUCCUGAGACUCAUGCGUUCCGUCCUCUGUUGCCGAACUUCAUUAAGAACCCAAGAUGCACCCCAGACUUCCUGUUCUACACAGUCAAAUGCCAGUAAACAGGUUGACCUUUGCGGGCAGUUGUGAGGACAAGCCUCAUUAGCAGGCAUCUGGGAGAUUCUUCUGAAAUGGUCCCUUGGAGAAAUGUAAAAAGUUCAUGUGUAAACAAAACCAAACUACUCUAAUAAAACAGAGUAAAUAGACAUUUACUCAGCAGCUUGGGCAACAGACAGGAUGACAGGGUACUUCAUGGAAGGUGUCAGAAGGAUCUAUAAAACCUAGCCCUGGUGAGCCUGUUUCUGAGCCUGCGGAGCAGCAAGCAGCUGCAUUUACUACCCAGUUGCCUUGUUAUUUAAGCUUUCCUGUCGAAUGACCAAGCAUGUGGUUCCCUAAUUUGUUUCAAACUCUUUUCUGCUUGCAUCUUCCAUGUUACUGCUGUUCUACACAUGCAGUCUAACAUCCUGUCUAAGGAAAACUUCCUAUGAAUUUUUCUAGGAAGGCGAUUUGUGGAAACAAUGAAACAACCAAGACAAACAAGCUGCUGUCUUGUGGUUGCUUGGACAGACCCUUUAUCUGGACCAUGAAGUUGGAAGCCAUUGGCACCUUUGGCUGUGAUGUUUGUGGAUGUGGGUGCACUCUAAUCAUUAAGGAUGGCGCUACCAAGGUGGUUCUUGGCUGUUCAUGUCAGAGCCUCACCCAUCCUUCAGUGGUUCUGUGUCAAAAUGUUAUUUAUUUUACAAUAUCUAUUGUGCUAAUGUUGAUCAAGAAGAUUUAAAAUAAUUUUUCUUCUGAACAAGAGCUAAUAAAAGGUUGUUAAGUUAAUUCUAUUUACUAUUCUUUGUUCUGUUUUGAGAGGAGGAUGUAUCUUGCUGGGUGUGAAGCCCAGUCUUAGGGUUAAGUAUUGAAAAAUCAAGGCAGUUCUUCAUCAAUACCAGAAUUCCUUCAAUGUUCGUGUUAGUACUGUGAUUAAUGUAUGCUUUAUUAGAUAACUGUGUUCUGUAGAAAAAAUCCAUCCAAUAUUUUUUAUCGAAGGAACAUGGUUUGAGUCAUAUCUAUCAGAAAUAAUGCAAUAGUGAGUCAUUUCUUAGUAUAUUUCUAAAUGUUUGGCAUGAAGUAAACUCAGCAUCAAAAUAUUUCAGUGAAUUUGCACAUUUACUCAUCAUUACUUUGUAACCCAGUUGAAAUGUUUAAUAAAUAAAGUAUAAAUCAAAAACUUGAAAAUGAAAUAGUAUUUAGGGAAUCCCAUUCCACAUUAUGCAAUUAAUGUAGAUGUUACAUCUUUAAAAUGAGAUAAAAGGGGGAAAAUUAGAUUUAA